AAGUAAACAGAAAAGGGGUUAAGCGGGAAGACUGAGUAGAAACCCUAGAGUGAGAAAGAAAGAGAGAGAGAGAGAGAGCGAUGAGGAGAACUCUGGUGAGAAAUGGCAGUCUCUACACUCGCAACCUUCUUCAUCACUCCGCCCUCGCACUUGCCGCUUCAUCUCGUCCUCAAUUCAGACUCUUUUCCUCCAAUGAAAACCCCCCACCGGUUCCCCAAAUCGACGACGUGAACAACAAAGAGCUGAAAGCGCAGAUCGAGACCUACUUCAAGGGCGACGAGAAGGUGCUCCCGUCGAUCAUGGAGGCGAUUCUGAAGCGGAAGCUGUCGGGGAAUCACGAGGACACCGACGACGAGCUCAUGGAGGAGCUCCGCAUGCGUCCCCUCGACGACGUCGACGACCGGGACUUUGAGUCCGACUUCGAGUCCAUUCACGACACCGACGAGGAGAUCGACGAUUUGUACAACGCCAGGGACGUGGUGAUGAAGAGGAUGGUGAAGGAUGAGUACUUCAACAUGGAUGAUAAAAAGUGGGAUGACAUUGUUGAGGACGGGAUCAAGCACGGGCUUCUUAGGGACACCAAGGAGUGCGAGGAGAUUCUCGAGGAUAUGCUCAGCUGGGACAAACUCCUCCCUGAUGAUAUAAAACAGAAGGUGGAAGUAAAAUUUAAUGAGCUAGGGGACAUGUGUGAAAGAGGUGAACUUGAACCUGAAGAAGCUUACGAACAGUUUAAGAAGUUUGAGGAUGAGAUUGUGGCGAAAUACUUGGACAAAAUGGAAAAAGAGGAGGCCUCACAGUUUGAUGAUACUGUUGUGCCAGAUAAGAAAAAGGACUUGGAUGAUCCACCGGGUGAAGGUCCAAUUCUGCGGUGGCAAACUCGGGUAGUCUUUGCUCCUGGUGGUGAUGCUUGGCAUCCAAAAAACAGGAAAGUGAAACUGUCAGUUACCGUGAAGGAGCUAGGGCUUUCAAAAUACCAAUUUCGCCGUCUCAGAGAAUUGGUAGGAAAACGUUAUCAUCCAGGGAGAGAUGAGCUUACAAUAACUAGUGAGAGGUUUGAACAUCGAGAAGAAAACAGAAAGGACUGCUUAAGGACCCUUCUCUCUCUCAUUGAGGAGGCAGGGAAAGCUAAUAAACUAGUGGAUGAUGCUCGAUCUUCAUACGUAAAAGAGAGGCUUCAUACCAAUCCAGCUUUCAUGGAGAGGCUGCAUGCGAAGUCAAUGAGGUUGCGAGAAUCUAAUCAGGUUCCUGCUUGAGGUUUUCAGAUCUGAUGUAUGAAUUUUUUGACAUUCACCUGCCAUAAUUUUUUAUUGCUCCCUGGUUUUUUGUAUGAGUCUUAUCAUGGGUUCCGGUUGCAGAAACAACCUCCCUGCUUAGAGCGUAAGGCCUCAUACAUCUGAUCCUUCCUAGACCCCACAACAGCAGGGGAGACUCAUGCACCGGGCUGACCUCUUAGUCAUAUCUUUCGUAUUUAGUGCUUGAAUAAUGGAUAAUUUUUUUUACCUCUUGACAGAUAUUGUAUGCUAGUUGACUCAAAUGUUACAUUUUUGAGGAGUAACAUUGAUCAUAGAAAAGGCUGAAUGACCUCACACUGAAGCAAGGGAUUUUUAUAACCGCAGUUUACAAUGACCAAUUCUAGCGUGCUUUUCCACAAAAUAGAGAGAAUAGCCACCUCACUCUGUAACAAGCACAAUUAUGAGUAAUAAGCAAUCUCUAUUUCUCUGCUA